GAGUGAAACAAGUGAAAUCUGGCAACCCUGGGUCUUGCUGAGUGGAAGUGAGCGGAGUCUCAGGUGAGGAGCAGCGGCGCUACAAACCGCGUGUCACGCGCUGCAGGUGAUCUCCAAAAGCCAGUCCAAAUGAGCAGCUUUAAGAGAAUCAACUUCUUUAAAGCUCCACAAGAUCCGUCUUUCAAGAUCAUCCACUGAUGGUGGUGAUGGACCUGGUCGAGCUCCAUUAAAAGUCAAUGUGCCAUCGGAUUUCCAUAAAUCACCUGCAUGCUGUCAGUUGAAGGUGGAUUUUAGAGUUGUACUGCCUGGAAAAAAAGAGCAUCUGGAACCCCCAUCCCAAAAAAACAAGGAUGAUUUCCUUCUAAACACUUCCAGCAUUGCCCCCUGUCCUGGAUUUUACACAUUCCUGUGCACCACAGAUGUGAGAAGAUGUUGGGCUUUCGGUCUGGCUCCUAACCAAACAGCAAGAAAAGUCUUUCACCUCUCAUGGGGCUGUUAUGGAUGUAAUGAAGAACACUUUCUGGUUGAGAAUAAACACCCCAGGGAUCCCAGACUGUUUUAGAUGAUUCCUAAUUCAGAUGUGUAGAAGUUUAGUGACAUUGUGAUUGACUUGACACAGAGCUAGGAUGCCAGAGCAGCACUGCAGUAAGAGCAUAACAUUGCCAGGAAGAAGGACAGGAGUUUCCCUGCAGUGUAAGGAGUUCAUGUGGAGCUCUUAUUCAGAAACUGUCUCUGUUCCAGGCGCUCACCCUUGUUAUGCUGUUGACGUCCCCGGAUUGCCUGUCAUCCCAGCAAACUCGGGGCAAACGUGUUGGUCGUUCAUCUCGAGUGCCUCGGCAGCUGUUUAACAACGAAUGGGCAUCAUGGGGAGUUUGGUCCGAGUGCUCUCGCUCUUGUGGAGGAGGAGCUUCCAUCCGCCGACGGACCUGUAUCUACAGGAAUCCAGUUGGAGCAUCAUGUUUAGGAGAUCCCAGGCAGUAUAAGAUCUGCAACACUAAGAGCUGUCCUCCUGGAUCUCUAGACUUUAGAGAACUACAAUGUAAAGCUUUUGAUGACCAGCCCCUGGUUGCUGGGAGCAGUUACCAGUGGAUUACGUUUCAUGGAGGCUCUGACCCCUGUGAGCUCAGCUGUUUGGCCCUGGGGCACAAUUUCUACUACAAUUUUGGGCGAGUCCUGGAUGGCACACCCUGCCCAACCGAGCCCGGGGCCAUAUGUGUGAGCGGAAAAUGCCUGAAACCAGGGUGUGACCUGAUCUUUGGCUCCCAGCAGCAGGAAGAUGCCUGUAUGGUGUGUGGAGGCCAGAACACCACCUGCCUUCAUCACCGCAGUGUGUACCGGAGUAUCGGCCAGGACAUCGGGCCGUUUGGAUACAAUGAGGUCACCAUGAUCCCAGCCGGAGCCACCCACAUCAGAGUGACUGAUAACAGCAAAAACUAUUUAGCUCUUCAGAAUGGACGUUCCCAGUUUGUGAUUAAUGGGAACUGGAAGAUCAGUGUUCCAGGAGAGUAUAACGUGGCUGGGACCAAACUGUUGUACCGCCGCUCUGCUGAUACAUGGGAAAGCUUUGAGGUGCCCGGGCCAACACAGGAGGACUUGCACAUCAUGGUUCUGUCCACUGAUAAGAACUCUGGGAUAGAGUAUGAGUACUGGCUGCCCCCUGAGCUCUACGCCCUGCAUCAUGGAAGGCAGAAUCCUUACCGGCAUCAUCACACAUCAAACUUCCUGCCCUGGGAUCUGCCACCUACCACCACCACCACAACGAGGCCUCCUGCCACCACACAGCCUUCAUGGGGUCCUGCAGGUGGACGAAGACCUCACGUGAGACCUCCCUUCCAGCAGCAGCCUCUGCCUCGUCUGGAACGAGAUGAGAAGAGUAACUACCUGCCCCGAACGCACAGCACAGGUUACUGCGGAAAAUGCAGGAGGGUGAAGGGGCGAGGUGAACGGCAGAGGCAGUACUGCCAGAAGGAUUAUGUCUUCAGAGCCAAGAUCUUGGGGAAGGUCUAUCUUGGUGAGGAGACACGGUACGACGUUCAAAUAAUCCACACAUACCGCAACCGCUUCCAUCUGGAACGCCGGGAAUAUCUGUGGGCCCCCAACCGGUGCGACUGUCCUGCGCUGGAGGACGGCUAUCAGUAUGUGUUAAUGGUCAGGCGUCACGUCAACCAUGAGCAGACACUCGAUCGUAUUCUGCUGGAAGAGGACAGCUACGCUCAGCUCUAUCGCCCACGUGAGGACAGCCUACUGCGCCCCCUGGAGAAUCUUUGCAGUAACAGGGGACUGAGAACUCGCCACAGAGUGUAGAGGAUGUGGGCUUGGACCCUGUUUGGCUCAGUUCAUUGUGCACUUAUUAUAUUUAAUCUUGCUUCCAAAAAAAUACAAAUGACAAGAAAAACUACCUGCCGCUGACUUUAAAAAGUAUCUGUGGAUCUUACUGGAACGCUUGGGAAGAAAAGGAGCCCACGAGUUUCUGAGUUAUAGAGUUAUACCAAAGCUAUUCACUAAAUGAAGCACUUUAGGUGGAUUUUAUAACCUACCUUUAAAAAUGCAUAUACCAAAGAAGAACAUAUUUUUUUUGUAUUGUUAUGAAAGUUAUAUAAUA